AUGUUCUUUCUCUCCGCGGCGCUGCCGCUGCUCGCCCUGAGCGCUGCCGCAUCCUCAUCUCAGCCGCAUAAGCGAUCAUACGACACUCACUCCUACUACACCAUCGAACUCCCGCAAUCCUCCACCGAAGAGGCCGCCGCGCUGGCAGCUAGGUCUCUCGGGGCUGAGCUUGUCGAACGAGUUGGCGAGCUCGACGACCACUGGAUCGUCCGCCGCGCAGGUGGACUAUCCGUCCGCAGCAUGGGACAUGACCCGGUAGAGUCUCGGUUCCAUGAUCGGCGAGCGCCCAACGUUGCCUCAGUCACUCGCCUUGAACCCCGAAAACGCGUGAAGCGUGUCCUCACUCCGGAACACAUGAAGUUGAAGCGUGGACCUCGUAGCUUCAAGAACUGGGAUAUGCGGGAUCAGGGUGACCCCGAUGCCGUGUACCCGGUGGAGGAGGUGGAGGAGGACCUCCGAGACACGUCCGAGCUUCAGUACCUCCAGAAUCAGAUGGGCUUCAAGGAUCCCAUGCUCGACCAGCAAUGGCACAUUGCGAACCCCGAAAGUAAGGAGUGGGAGCUCAAUGUUACCGGUCUGUGGACGCAAGGUAUCACUGGCCGCAACGUGUCCGUUGUGGUCGUCGAUGACGGUCUUGACCACGAGCACGAGGACCUCAAGGCCAACUUUUUCGCCGAGGGCUCCUGGGACUUCAACGACCACACGAAUCUCCCGACUCCUCGACUGAGCGACGACCAGCACGGUACGCGUUGCGCUGGUGAGGUCGCCGCCGGUGUCAACGACGCUUGCGGUGUCGGAGUCGCGUACAACGCUAAGAUCGCUGGUGUCCGAAUUCUCUCUGGAUCGAUUACGGACGCCGACGAGGCUGCAGCGCUCAACUUCGAGUACCAGAAGAACGACAUCUACUCCUGCUCAUGGGGACCUCCUGACAACGGCAAGAGCAUGGAAGCUCCCAACGGUAUCAUCCUGAAGUCUAUUGUCAACGGUGUCCAGAAGGGUCGCGGUGGCAAGGGGUCUCUCUUCGUCUUCGCGGCUGGCAACGGUGGCGGCGCCGGUGACCAGUGCAACUUUGACGGAUACACGAACUCGAUCUUCUCUGUCACUGUAGGCGCCUACGACCACGCGGGCAACCAUCCUUACUACUCCGAAAUGUGUUCGGCAAUGAUGAUUGUUGCACCUUCCUCCGGUUCCUUGAACUACAUUUGUGCGCACAACCACGGUGGCACGUCGGCUGCCGCUCCUCUCAUGGCCGGUGUCUUCGCCCUGGCCCUGGAGGUUCGCCCCGAGCUGGGCUGGCGUGAUGUUCAGCACCUUCUCAUCCGCACUGCUGUCAUGAUCAACCCCGACGAUGAGGACUGGGACACGACCGCCGCCGGAAGGAAGUACUCGUAUAAGUACGGCUACGGAAAGAUUGACGCCGGUAUCUUCGUUGAGGCUUGCCGCGACUGGAAGCUCGUGAAGCCCCAGGCAUGGUUCGACUCUCCUAAGAUCAAACUUCCGUUUACCGAGGCUCCUCCUCUUCCUCCCGCUCCUUCCGAGGGCGGUGAAUCCGAUGGUCAGGUCAUCCGUCGUGAUGGCGAUGACCAGGAGGACGACUCGGACGACGCCCCCUCCAACACCGUUGAUGUCGAUGUGCCCGGACCUCAGCCUAAUGGCUCCUUCAUCACCAAAGAGGGCGUCUCGAGCACUUACGAGGUAACCCAGGAGCUGCUCGACAACGAGAACUUCGAAACCCUCGAGCACGUGACUGUCCGUGUCUGGAUUGAGCACGAGCGUCGCGGCGAUGUUGAGGUCAUCCUCACGUCCCCCAACGGCAAGGAGUCUGUUCUCGCUCGCCCCCGUCGUUACGACGAGGCUGGAACUGGUUUCAACGGUUGGAAGUUCAUGACUCUCAAGCACUGGGAGGAGAACCCCAUCGGCAACUGGACCAUCACUGUCAAGGACCAGGGUGGUGCUCGCGGACGCUUCGUUGCCUGGGCUCUCCAGCUCUGGGGUGAGGCCAAGGACGCCAGCAUUGCUACCGACUGGUCGCCGGCCAAGGCUGGUGAGAUCGACGAGGAGCUCACCGGAUCGGAGAACAUGCCCAAGCCUAGCAAGCCCAAGCCUACCGAUCACCUUCCUGGCGACCACGGAGAGGUCAUUCCUUCGGGCGGCAACAGGCCCUCCAACCUUCCUGGCGAGAACCAGGCCGACGAGGGCGUCUUCAACGGCAUGGACAAGCUGAAGGAGCAUCCUGGAUGGGUUGGCGGCGCUCUUCUUGUUGUCGUUGUCGCUGCCAUCGGUGUCGGAGCGCUCUUCCUCGUUCGCAACCGCCGGCGCCGCUCUCGCCUUGGCCUCGACCGCGCCGCCUACGCCCCUGUCGCUGAGGAGGUCCCUCUCGGCUUCAUGGAGCGCAGCCGCCAGCGUCUCGGCAUGGGACGUGACCGCCGCGCUGAGGAGGCGAAGGAGCUGUACGAUGCCUUCGGAGACGGCCCUAGCGACGACGACUCUGACGAUGAGCGUGCCGCCCUGCGUUACCACGACUCAUUCCUUGAGGACGAUGAGCCUCAGGCGUCUGGUAGUGGAACGAGUGGCAAGCUCUCGCACGAGGACAGCGACAAGGCUCGUGACGAUGACCAGCCCCCGGCAUACCGUGACGACGACGGACCUUCGACCCCGCACGGCGAGAGCGCGGGCUCCAGCUCGAGCUGGCAAGAUGCCGCCGACGACGUGCGACGAGACUAA